AUGUGCUUGGCUCACAGUUGCUCAGAUGGAUUCUGGAAGUGUGUUGGAGGCACCCUGUGCAUUCAUCAUUCUCAGAGGUGCAACGGCAAUAACGACUGCCCGCUAACUGGAGCAGCGGAUGAGGCAAGUCAGGGGAUGCAUGGUGCAACUGAAGGCUCAGAUGCUGUUCCGCAAGGGGUGGCUACAAGUGGCGGUUCACCUGUGGUUACAGGACCUGCCCUACCGCCUUACACAGCCGAUGAGGACCCUUCUUUCUGCCGCUCAUUUGUCUGUGAUCCGUCAGCAUGGCCACCCACCAAGCAGUGCCCUUCUACUGGUCUGUGCCUGCCAUUGGAACAGUGGUGCGAUGGAGUCAACGACUGCAUUGAUUAUGCCAAUUUUAGUGGUAGAAGCGGCAGUGCUGCUAAUAACGGAGCUGCUUAUGCUGAUGAUGAGGAUCCCGAGGUGUGCCGGACGUUUGAGUACCAAUUGGGUUACAAGAAUUGUCCCAACGGCGUUCAGUGCUUGGAUAGGAGCAUGAGUGAAGACCUGGUGAAGAGCCAAUGCACAGCUCUGAAUGAAUGGGCGAAGAUUCAGAAAGACGCUGCUGCUGCUGCCGAAGCUGCUGCUGCAAAGAAAGCUGGAAAUUUGACUUCAUCAGCUGCCAACAAUGGUACUGCGAGCGGUAACUCCACCUCAGAAAGUGGUAACCCUGUUACGCCAUCAAACAGCACGUCAGCCUCACGCCCAGGAUCAUCCCGUCGGAACCGGAAAGGGUCGGAGAAUAGAGGAGAUGCUGGUGGGGCUGAUAGUGGUAACAAGUCAGAGCAGGGAGGGGGGAAGGGAGCUGAGAAGGAAGGGGAGAAUGGGGGGGAGAAUGGGGGGGAGAAGGGAGGGGAGAAGGGAGGGGAGAAGGGAGGGGAGAAGGGAGGGGAGAAGGGAGGGGAGAAGGGAGGGGAGAACAGAGGGGAGAAGGGAGGGGAGAUGGGAGGGGAGAAGACAGGGGGAAGUGCCAGUGGAGAGAAGCAAGGGGGGGAAGCAAAUGGGGUUAAGAGGGAGACAGAGAAAGAGAAGAAGGCAAGAGAGUGGGAGGAGCGAAAGCAGCUUGCAAAGUGCAAAGCGAGGGAAAAGGAGGAGACUGCAGAGAAAAGAAAGAGGGGGGAAGAGGAGAGAAAGGCAAGGGAAGCUGAGGAGAAGGCGAAAAGAGAGGAAGCUGAGAAGGCGAGGAGAGAGGCAGAGAAGGGUAAGGGAAAGGACAAGGGGAAGGGCAAAGGGGGAAGCAGAAAAUCACCCAAGCUACCGCCUGGGAGGAAUACAGGGGUAAGAAAGUCACGAAAAAACCUUCGAUAG